UAAAUAAAAUUUAUUAAACUCUGCGAGAUAUAUAUAAAUAUUCAAAAUUGAAAUAGUUGUCUCUCGUUUCUACCACAAAAGAAAUCGAUCAAAGAUACGACACGUAAGACAAAUAUUUGUACUUAAUUUCAUCUAACAAUAAGAUAGGAAAUCGAACAUUUUCGUUAGAAUAGAUGAGCGCUUUCCGGUGGCAGACGAUAAUCUUAGUAAACUAAGUAAAUAUGUACCUGUUACAUCCGUGAUAAACGUGUAGAAAAGAUCGCGCGUUUAGAUGGCCAAAAUCUCUCGAGUCCCGGUAUUUGAAAAUGAACGGCAACGAUAUCUCCAAAUUGUCAUAUAAGGAAUUGCAAGCAUUGGCUCUUAAAUAUCGGGUGCCAGGCAACAUAAAGAAAGAGCUACUUGUUAAAAUAUUAAGGGCCGCAAGAAGCAGAAACAAUGGCGAAGUCGACAGAUUGUUAAAUGAAUUAAAACAAACGCGGAAGAAAAGAACGCGGAAGAUAAAGACCCAGAAACUUGGUCUAACUUCCACACCUAUACAGAGUCCUGAUAACGUCAUGGCCGAAGAUUAUUAUCAUUCUCAACAACAGCAACAGCAGCAGCAACAGCAACAGCAACAACGAUCCCCUUAUCAAUGGGUUGGCGCAGAAGAAGAAAUUGUAAGCAGAGAAGAUGACAAGCAUUAUGAAGAAUUUAGACAAUUUCUAUUAAGGAAAAUACAGAGAGAAUUUCAAACAUACAAUACACCUCACAAUCCACAACACGAAUCAGCAAUAGUAGAUCUAAGAACUACACCAAGUAGUUCUACUGCACACAAUUUUCCUAAUUGUUCUAAGCCUAAUUUAAUAGGUAUUAAUGAACCUAACUCUUGCAUAUAUCCUUUCACUAAUCAUAUACAAUAUCAUCACCUGCAAAAAGAAUCGACCAAGAGUACGUGUGGAUCUAUACUUCUUAAAAAAAUGUUGCAAGCACCAGUUGGUACAAAUUUAGGAGAACUUGCAGCACCGGUAUUUGGAGAUUAUAGAGUUUGGCCGGUAGAACAAUAUCAUUCUGAAAAUAUAUUAGAUAAUUCUGACACAUUAACCGCAGAAUCUGUGGACAACGACAACGAAGAUAAUCCUGUAAUAAAUACAGAUUGUUAUGGAGUUUUAAAUAAUGUUAAGGAUGAAUAUCUAUUACAUGAUACAAAUUUUGUUAAAAAUGUACAAGAUAUUGAUCAAAUGUCUAAUGUACUAAACGAUCAGACAAGUAGUCAAUAUCAUUGCAACUACACGAACAAUGAUUUAAAACAAAAUUAUCAAACAUGGACUAUUACAAAUGUUAUGGAUUCUAUGGACGAUAGUUAUAUAGAUACAGAUAUAAGUACUUCUAAAGUACUUCAUGCUAUUUACCUUGAUAACCCGGUAACAAAUGCAAACAAUGGAAAUACAAAUUAUCGAUAUCACAUUAGUGAAAAUGUUUAUAAUGAUAAUCCGUCGGUACUUAAUAUUAAUCCACCCGAAGAUCCUUUGUAUUAUUCAACGUCUAUAAUGUCCAAUGUACAAUCUACUUCUACAGAUCAAACGUACUUGGUGGACAAUCAUAAUAAAUACAUGGGGGAAACAAGAGAAUAUUUCCAAAUGACUGGUUCUGCAAGUAGUAUCAAUUUUUCAACCGAUGUACCUCCGCUUAGUCAAACAUUACCUAACAACGUUCCAUAUAAUUCUGAAGUUACAUAUCAGUAUUCUAAUUUACAUGACAAUCAUCAAUCAUAUACCACAAUGUCUCAAAGUUUUGAAUCACGACAAUCGAAUGAUCUUAUAAUAUCGCAAGAUAUAAAUGCGUGUAAGGAUUCUGUAACGGAGAGAGUACAGCCAUGCUCUGAUGGAAUGUUAGAUCCAUUUCGGCCUAAAUGGUCGCACAAAAAGUUAUCAGAAAAUAAUCUCGAAAAUAUAUUGAAUUUUAAUAUAUCCAAAAGGAUAGAUUACACAAAACUAGAUCAAACAUCUUGUAUAUAUUGUUAUACUGCGCCAAUAGUUGCGCAUAAAGCCUUACUUCCCACGGAUGUUUGUUCGCAACAGAUAAAAUUAGUAGCAGAACAAAGACAUCAUUCUUUUUCCCCUUACUGGCUUCUAUAUAACGAUAGUUCGGCUGGUAUGCGCAUGGCCAAUGUACAAAGUAACGCAGAUGACUAUAGUGGAGAACAAGUAUGGAUGAUUCGCACAGCAUCUAUAUCCAAUAACUAUAAUUCGAUUCUAAAAGAAUCUAUAGACGAAAGUGAAGAUUCGAUAAAUGAUGUUUGGAUGAACGAUUACUCCAAAUAUCGGAUGCCUUUACAAAAGGAUGUAAACAGUUGCGAAGUUAUAAACGCCGAAGUUUCGGAAAGUUUAUUCUCUAGCAUACACGGCGAAUCUAAUUUAAAAAACGACACUAUAUCUACGUGUCAAAUGCAAGAGGAUAUAACAUACUGAAUUAUUUAUAUACAUAUGUAUAUGUAGAAAUAUGUGUGCCACCAGUGGUACAUUCAAUUGUAUUAUUAUUAACCAACGAAAAUAGAAUUUUUCACACUUAAGGAUCGAUUUCUCUUAUAGAGUUUUACAUCGAUUGCGACAUAUUAUCUCAUUAAAACAAAAUCUAUGCUAUAUCGCCGUUUUAUUCACUUAAUCAAAUUAUAAAAAAUAUGUAUUUUUAAAACGUCAAAUUCAAUGUACUAUCUACGUUGAAAUACUGAUAAAAAAUCGAAGAAACAAGA